AUGGCGAAGGACCUGGAGGGAGGAAAAAAUGCGAUGAACAAAAGAGCAGUAGGGACGAAAAAGGAAGUGGUGAUAUCGGCGAACGUUCUGCAGCUGAGCGAGUGCAAAGAGGAAGAACAGGUAGAAGAAGGGAGUCCUUUCAACGGUUCGAGGCAUGGACAACAAGAUCAUUGGAAGAAAGGCGAUGGUCAUUAUGGGGGAAGACGCAGUAGUAGUUUGGGACAGGACGACGGAGGAACUAUGAACAGCGCAAGACAAAACAACACAAUUCAAAAUUAUAUAUACAAAGUGUUUACCUCGGUGUUGAGUUUACUAAUUGUGAUUUUAAUUCUGUACGCAUCGAUCGACAUAUCGACCAACUAUGGACCCAUAAUAAUCGUGUACAUAAUAAUUCUUGAAUUUGGAAGUAUGCUGAUUUCUUAUAUCUUGCUGCAGUUUCCUUUUUUCUAUCGCAUCCUUAAGAAUGUGUUUACUCGAGCGAGGAACGUUAACAAAUACUCUCAUCAGUACAAGCCGUUUUACUACGAUACCCCUUCCAACAGUGAUGACAAGGACUCCAUUAGCAUCGAGAGGGGAGAGAAGGACAGCAAGAGGCGCAGGAACACCUUUGCCUUAUUCAGUAUCAACAGGAAUAAUAAACGGUAUAGCAUUAAGACUCUUUUUACUGGGCAUAAAACGAAGAAGGGAAAGAAGAAGGGUAGACAGGAUCCUGCAGGACAGGGUGAGGUCCUCGACGAGCAACCCACCACUGGGGUACAACCCUGUGAAGGUGUCCCUAGGAAGAGCCGCGUACAACCAGGAGCAGCGAGCAGCCACAAGCGACAGAGCAUCUACCUGGAUGACUGCAACAUGUGGAUGAACAGUGAUAUGAAAAAAGUGAAUAAAAAAAAAAAUUUUAAUUUAUCCCGAUCGCUCAGCUUCAAUAUCAAUUUGAAUGAAGACAAUGACAUGAUCAUGAAGGAUUCUGCUAGUCUAGACGAUAUAAAAAUUUUUCUGGGUCAUCAGACGAGCAACUUUGUAGCAAACAAGAACAAACUCAAGGCAAGGAAGUCCUCGAUAUACAAUAAGUACGUCCCCUUGACCUUCACUUCGUCUUAUAAAAAUAAUAUGGUGACUCAAUUUUUGAAGGCACACACAGAGAACAUACGUUCGCUGAGUUCAGAGGAGUACUCCUCAUCUGAUAGCGAGGGGUGUGAGGAGUCUGCCAGGUAUAAGAAGGUAUACAUUGGGGAAGGGCACGUGGGGGAAGGAGAUACUGCGAAGAAGGGAGGUGCGAAGUAUAUCGUAGACGACGUGGGGCAUGACGCUCGAAACAAAGAACAUGAUGAAAGAGGGCCGAAGGAGUUGAUGAGCCGAGAAAUAAAAUCACAUAGCAAAGACCAUACCGAUGUAGCCACCCCCAACUUGUACUCAGCCAAAAGUGCAAUUCUCUUUAGCAAUAAAAAAGAAAAAAAAAAACACCAGUAUAGAAAAUUGAUCAAAGGUAGAACUCGAUACUUUAAACAAAUCAAAUGUAUAAAAAAGGUGAAGAAGUUUUUUUAUUUUUUUAUUAAUUAUAAUAUGAAGUCUUCCAAGUCUACGAAUAAUUUUUUUCUCUUCUUUAGAGGUGUGUCCCUUUACAUAAAGCACCGGUUUAUGCAUUAUUUGUCGUACGAGCCUGUGUGGAUCAUUGCCAUUUUGAUUCGAAUUGUUUUGUGGUGUAUUGUUUGGCUGUGGGCAGCUAGCUAUAUGGAAAGGAAGCCUAAAAAUUUUCAAAUAACAGAAUGGAACAUGAAAAAAGUUCCGUCUUUCUAUGGGUACAUUGAAUGCACCUUCCAAUGGUGUGGAGUGUUUGAUUAUUUUUUAGGACUAUAUUUCACUAACAACAGACUGAAAUAUAUAUUUUCCUUUUUCUCACUUAUCGACUUUAUUACUACCCCAGUUUCAUCCCUAAUAAUGAACGCCAUGUGUGAAAAUAAGUACAGCCAAAAUUACUGGUUCUUAAUACUAGGUCCUCUUCGUUUUUUAAGACUAGUGAGAGCAGAGAGCACUAUCAGUUCUUGCUUCUUCUGGUUAAGCGACGUGAAGAUUAUAAUAAUAGGAAUAAUCAUUUUGGCCUUAGCAAUUCUGUUUACCUUUUCAGGUAUUAUGUAUAUAUUAGAAGCACCAGACAUUGAACGUGAUUUUGUGAGCCCAUUAGACUUUAUAUAUUUUGGAGUCAUAACCAUGUCGACAGUUGGGUAUGGAGAUUAUACUCCUGUUACUCCUGCAGGGAAAUGUCUCACCAUGUUUAUUAUAAUCACAUGCAUUAGUUUUGUGGGGGCACAAUUCAAGCGAUUGAAGGAAGCCAUGUUUAGCCCUAAAACGAUUAUGGGUAUUAUACCUAAACAGGAUGACGAUUAUAUUCUUAUCCUUGGGCCAGUGAGUCCAACUCAAUUGUUAUACAUUUGUAAAGCGAUUAAUAAUAGCUUUCCCAAUUCAGUAGAAUGUAUUUUUAUUUUUACUCCUCUACCAGUAAUCAUUUAUCGUUUUGUGUAUGGAAGUAUUGUGAAAAAUACGAAUAUUAAGGUGUGUAUAAAUGGAGGAAAUGAAUGUUUCAUUUGUCCUAGUAUCAUAUAUGACGCAGUUAUUAACGCCAGGGCUCUUUACAUUCUAAACAACGUAGAUGCAGAAAAGUAUACCUUGCUGUAUCAGCAGAUUUUCCUCGCUAGUAAUAAUUUAAAUUUUAGUAACAAUGAUCCUAACCAGAGAAUCAGCUCCAAUGACAUACUACACAAUAAUAUUAUUAACAAGUUUAAUAAAGACAAGCCGAAAAAAUGGAAAUACGCAGAUUUUCUCUCCGACUACAAAAAUGAAAUAAAUAAAAAUAAUAUGAAGAAUUUAGAAAUGAAUAUUAACAUUAAUGAUUCUUAUGUUGUUAAGGAGAAGGAUGAUCAGGAGUGUCUCCUGCGAUUCAUAGGUACAUACAAUAUUUGUAACACACUCAUCCCCAUCACUCUACAACUCUCUAAUAACACAUAUGAGGAACUGGUGAAAUCCAUGAAGGUUUAUAAUUAUUUGAGCAUGGAAGAAUUGAAAUAUGCUCUCCUGGCCAAGAGUGUCAAUUGUAAGGGCCUGUUUUUUUUAAUUAUUAAUUUUUUUUAUAAGCCUAAGGCCGUGAAGAGUUUGAAGAAAUACAUCAUCGAUUUAAAGUUACUUAUGUAUAACAGGAUAUUAAAAAGAAAAAACAGGGAGAAAAUGAAUCAGGGUGUGAAGAUUAACAACAUGGGUGAAAUGUCUUCCUCCAGCUCUGGCAUGUCUUUUGGAGGGCUUCUCCCAUAUCUGAAGGGAAGAGAAUCCGUUCAGAGAGGUGGCACUGUUCAUAAGGCUAACAUUACUAAAGUCGCCACUCGUAGUACUAGCGAACCUGAAGUUAAAAGGGGAAUAACAAUACGAACCCAGGGAAAACUAGACCCCGCGAAUUACAAGGAAAUGCUCCCUAUGAACACCCUGGACGAUCUAGACAUUACACACACACCCAACUACCAAAAUUAUUAUCGCAUGCUCGAGAGGGUCAGUCUAAACAUGUACUAUUACCUGGAGGGGCUAAAGUACAACAUAUAUCGUUUUCAAUUCCCUGAAUGCAUGAGGGGAUUUCUCUUCCAAACAGCUACGGAAUAUUUGUACCAAAAGUAUAGUGCCUUCCUUAUCGGCAUAAUAACAAUCAAUAAAGAAAUUUUUUUAAACCCUGUGGAUUAUAUUAUUGGGGAGGAAAAUAAGUUUUACUAUACUUCUGCCUUUUCAGGGAUAAUUCUAACCACCAGCCUGGACAACCUGAUCAAGCUGUCCUCCAUUAAGAACAUCUCGAAGAAGGUGUAUGAGUACAACGAUCGGCGUAUCAGCGAACGCUUCCGGGAGAAUGCCAGCGCGAGGAGAAAUGUGCCCGGGGCAACCACGAAGCGAGAGGAGGAGGAGAAGAAGAAGGUGGUUGGGGUGAGCGCCACGAGGGGGAAAGUCAACUUUGGCGCGAGAGGCGCCAAUUCGGGCAGCGACGAGCAGCAGCGCGGCGAAGCUGACGGUUCGGUGCAUCGCCAAUCGGACUUCCAAUUGGAGCGCCAGUCUCAGAGCCAAGCACAGGAGGAGAAGGUGCCCCAGCGGAAGAACCUCCUCUACAACUUCUUCCUGGGAAUAUACGAAGUCGACAACUACAUAUCGGCCUACCGGGACAUAUUCAGCGAGAAGCACAAGCCGCUGCUGCUGGUGUGCGGCUGGCCAGACAACAUACACCUGUUCCUCAAGCACCUGCAGGUGAACACAGGCAACUGGUUGAGGCAUAGAAGGAAGAGGAAAAAGAGGCGAAAGAGGAGAAGGGAAAGGGAAAGGAUGCAAACGGGGGCGACGGACAGGGAACAGCGAGGCGAACAACCAAUCGUUCAUGUGAACAGCUCUUGUAGCGACGAUUCGAGUGAUGACUCCUGUGAAGACUCCUGCGGCGACACCGCUUCGCUAAACAAAAAAAAGGCUGGUGGAAAAAUCAAGUACAACAUAAUCAUCCUAUCCCUGCAUGUACCAAAAUUCAAUUACGAGAACGACCUCCUGGACUUCUGCCAUAACGUGGCCUUCAUCCGGGGGUCGGCCCUGAACAGCACCAACCUUAUACAGGCAGGCGUUUUCUAUGCGAAGAGGCUCAUCAUCUUCAACGCCAACCACAGCCUCUUCAUUGACAAAGAUGCCUACCGGAUCGACAACGAAGUAAUCAUUAUAAAGAAUGUCAUAUACCAGCUGUACAACAGUGUGUUGAAGAGUAGAUUCAAUUACAUGAAUUUGGUGAGAAGGGUCUUCAAAAAUGAAUUCAAGGAUGUUAAUAUUAACGAGAAAGUGUUCGCCAGUGAAGUUCCGUUCCAACUGAAUGAGAUGAUACGGGUAAAGACAUGCUCGUCGACAGAGUCAUCUGCGUCGUCAUCCUCCUCCUCUGCAUCCUCUGCUGCAUCGUCCGCCUAUCGUCGUUGGGGAGGGCCACCUCUGCCGCUGCGGGGAGACUGUAAAACCCUGAACAUCUUCAACGUCAACCGGAACCUUUACCUCAUUUGUUUGAUUAAAAAUUCGGAGAGCCUAGAAUACAUCGACGGAAGUAUCAACUUGUCUUACGAAAAUUAUAACGACAAUGAAAAAAUGAAUAAAAUUUGGGAAAAUUGUGGAGAGUACAUUUACACAUUCGAGCUGGUCUCUGCCAACAUUUUUGUGGAUGAGAUGCUACAUAAUUUGGUAUCCUUUUCUUUGCCCAUAAGUAAAUACGCCAUUGAGUACUCAGUCAUUUAUUCCCUCAUUGGGAUUGAUAUAAAUGAAUACUCCAAGAACGCCAAAGCUUUCCACAAAAAUUUAAAGUUAUGUACAGGUCAGGUGAAUUUAAUUCCAAUCCCGUCGUAUUUUUACAAGAAGAGUUUUUACAAAUGUUUCUCCUACUUCCUUCACAACAAGCAGUGCUUGUGUAUUGGCAUUUUGCGUUACAUGGACAUUUCGCCGCUGUGCAGGAAGUCCCGCAAACUUUUCGUACUGUCUUGCCCAUCGCGUACAAUGAAAAUUGAGCGUGACGAUCAGGCUUAUGUCAUAUCGUACAACACAUGA